AAACACGGUUUUUAUGUUAUCGUGGUUUCUAGGUAUACCUACAUUAUAUCUUGAAAGCAUCAAAUGUUUACUCAGUUGUUAACACCAGAGUAUUAUAUUUUACCCAUUCAGAAAUUAAUCAUAUUAUGUUCUUUGCAAUGUAACAUUGACGCUCAUUCUUUGUAUAUAGAUUUCCGAGAAUUAACUAUGAUUUAUUUUAAAGUUUUAAUAACAUUAACUGUGGCAUUAUGUAUCACAACAUUUUCUAGUACAGAAACAACUGUAUCAGAAUGCAAAGAGCAUUUAAAGACAAUUGGAUAUUCGGAUUUUGGAUUUUUUAACUACUGCUAUGCAAACCAAUUUUUAAAUGUUGAACAAUUCAAAGAACAUGUGAAACGAAAUAUGCACGCUGACCUUUUAAUCAAUGAAAAUUUAAAUAAAAUUUUGAGGAUUUUCUUACAAGACAAUAAGAAUUUAAAAGUUAACGUACUAGCUGCCCCGCCCGACGAUGUUCAGGCCAAAGAUUUGUAUUUUUAA